AUGGUCAGAGACUGCAGACAUGAUGCAAGAGAUGGUCAGAGACUGCAGACAUGAUACAGGAGAUGGUCAGAGACUGCAGACAUGAUAAAAGAGAUGGUCAGAGACUGCAGACAUGAUACAGGACAUGGUCAGAGACUGCAGACAUGAUACAGGAGAUGGUCAGAGACUGCAAGCAUGAUACAAGAGAUAGUCAGAGAACAAACACCAACACCUGUGUUAUUUACCAGCAGGGAGUACAGGUACAACAUCUUGCUAUGCUGACCAGUAAAGUGCAUGUCAGAUGGUCAGAGACUGCGGAC